UGUAAAGACUCAUUCUGUGACAAGCUUCCAGCGAUAAUGGCGAAGUUACUGCUUUUCGUAGUUUUGGCUGCGCUCACCAUUGCUGUCAUCACAGGGGUGAGGUUCGGUGACAGUUGUCCCCCGAACUGCCGUGAGACCCAGUGCUCUUUUAUGGGAUGUCUGGACUGUGACCUGGGCUUCUGCCAUUAUUCCGGGGAAGGAACCGGUAAAUUCACGUGCGUCAAGAAGUGCCCUGCAGGAAUGUACUGUGAAAGUACCCAUCGCCUUUGUGUUAACGAUGAGUGAGGCAAACACCGGGUGUCAGAUUCAAGGCAAGCCGAAG